UUUUUAUGUUAUGUGAGUUGAGCCCGCUUAGCUCAGAGGUUAGAGCAUCGCAUUUGUAAUGCGAUGGUCAUCGGUUCGACUCCGAUAGCCGGCUUUUUCCUAUCGAUUUUUUAUCCAUGAUUGAUAAUGUCUCCUUGAGAUAAAGGAAUAGUGAAAAGACUCUUCCCUUUUUUCUUCCAAAUCUCGGGUUCCCGAUCUAUUAUGUCUAUGUCGCAGGAACUUACAUUCCAAUUCAAUUAUGAGUAAAAAACUUAUUGGAGCAGUUGUAUCUCUAUAGAACAAAUCGUGGGAUACUUACUUACCAUGUAUACAUAUAUACAAAAUAAUACGGGUAUUGAUACAAUUCAUCUAAUUUCUCUUUUUAGCAUUAGCACUUCAGUGGGUUUCGCUUUGUUUAUCGUUUAGUUCAGUCUUAAGGUUUAUCCUAUUCUUUAAAAUAAGGAGUCUUUAUGUCUCGUUACCGAGGACCUCGUUUUAAAAAAAUACGCCGUCUGGGGGCUUUGCCGGGACUAACUAGUAAAAAACCUAGGUCCGCAAGUGAUCUUAGAAACCAAUCCCGCUCCGGGAAAAGAUCUCAAUAUCGUAUUCGUUUAGAAGAAAAACAGAAAUUGCGUUUUCAUUAUGGUCUGACGGAGCGACAACUACUUCGAUAUGUUCGUAUCGCUGGAAAAGCAAACGGUUCGACGGGUCAAGUUUUACUGCAACUACUUGAGAUGCGUUUGGAUAACAUUCUUUUUCGAUUGGGUAUGGCUUCAACUAUUCCUGGAGCCAGGCAAUUAGUUAACCAUGGACAUAUUUUAGUUAAUGGUCGUCUAGUGGAUAUACCAAGUUAUCGCUGCAAACCCCGAGAUAUUAUUACUACGAAGGAUAAACAAAGAUCCAGAGCUUUGAUUCAAAAUCAUAUGGAUUCAUCCUCCAACGCGGAAUUGCCAAAACAUUUGACUCUGCACUCAUUGCAAUAUAAAGGGGUAGUCAAUCAAAUAAUAGAUAGUAAAUGGGUCGGUUUGAAAGUCAAUGAAUUGCUAAUCGUAGAAUAUUAUUCCCGACAAACUUGAACCUAAAAUACCCAGCAAAGGUUAGGACAAUUUUGUCCCUUUUUUCGCUGAAAGAAGUAGAGGGAUUUGAUACGGAUUUUGAUCCCAUUCACGUAUCGCAAAUGGAUCAGCAGUGAUAUUUUCAUUCACUGUCCGCUCUUUUCUUCCCCCUCUUUUUGUUCUUUUCCUUUUACGUAUCACAGCACAGUAAUUAGGAAUAGAAAAAAAUCUCUAUAAAGAAAGAAAAGAAGGGUCUUUCUCUUCUCUUAGAAUAACGGUAUCAAUUGGUAUUUGAUACAUUGUGUGGUUGGUAACGUUGGUGAAUUAGAUGAGGAUACGGAAAGAGAGGGAUUCGAACCCUCGGUAAACAAAAGCCUACAUAGCAUUUCCAAUGCUACGCCUUGAACCACUCGGCCAUCUCUCCUACAUAACCUUAUCUUAUUAAUUAUGACCCAGAAACCAAGUGAAUAGCGAGUCACUCAUAUUAUUUAGUACAGGUACGACCGAUCCAUUAUCAUAUCAAACUUUUUGUCAAGGAACGAUCUUCCUUCAAGUUUCGAGGGAUAAAAAAGAAAAACGUAUUCAUCCUUGUCAAGACGACGGACGCUCCCAUCUUAUUGAUAUUUGAUUUCUACCGGAUUAAACCAACGGGUUGGAAUGAAUCAACCGAUGGAUCCUUUCCAGUUUCAUUUCAGAUUUUUCAAAAAUAAUCCCUCCCAUGAGCUAUGGAUCUAUUACAAAUUGAUGAAUCAUCCCAUGGAUUUUCAUUCUAUAAUCUUAUGGUGUCUACACGCUAUGCACACAAAAUGGAUAGUUAUCCUUACCCCAUUUUUAUCAUGGAAUGCUUAUUCCAUUUUUUUAUUAUCAUAAUGAAAUCCAAUUUUGGUUAGGUUAUGAUAGGAUAGGUUAUUGUUUAUUAUAUUAGUAUUAGAAUCUGUAGAAAAAAUUCCUUGAUUCUUGCAUUUCAAUGAAAUAGCUAAUAGUCUCAUUGGUAUACUACUAAAUUGGAAUCGAAAAUCCAACCGUAUUCAAAUAGUUCCUUAUUGAUCCCUUCCCAAAAGUACUGAGUAAAAGAUCCACAUUUUUUGAUUUUAUAAUUAGUUUAAUUAGUUAUUAGUCUUUUUUUUUUAUGUCAUUUCGUAUCGUACAAUUCCUUUGUUGUGGGAUCAUUUACCCGCGAGGGGUAAUGAGAAGAAUUAUAAAAUGGAUUGCAAACUAUGCCUAGAUCUCGGAUAAAUGGAAAUUUUAUUGAUAAAACCUCUUCAAUUGUAGCCAAUAUCUUAUUACGAAUAAUUCCGACAACUUCGGGAGAAAAAGAGGCAUUUACCUAUUACAGAGAUGGUGCGAUUUGAUUCCUUUUUUCUUACUUACCACUCUAUUUCAUUUAUUCUUAUUCUUACAAAAAGAGACACGAUUCGGUAUGGAAAGAAAAAGAUUGGUAAAAACCUACGCUUGGUGAAGGUGAAGUUUGGAGAUAGAGCAAUCCCUUCUGUCGUGUAUCCUCGAUUGAUGCAACCUCAGAUGCUUCAAUUGUCGAUUCUAGUAUUGAGCGAAAGGUUACACCUAUAGGUUCUGUAUUGCAUGUCAAUUCUACUGUAAUAGUGCCAAUAGGUGGCAUAGGGGAAGAAGCACUACACCUAGGAAUCAACAAAACGAAAACUUUGUUAUAUAAUUCCCCCUUCUUCUUAUCGGGAUCGGGACUACCAAGAAUGGUUAGGACAACAAACAUCCAUCUCGUUCGUACUUUGGAUACCCGUAUAACCAUCAAAGAUCGUUGAAGUGACUAAUUCCUGGAAAUAGGGGGCGUUAAGAACAAAGAAAUUGCUGGAGUUACCAUUUUUCUCUAAGAAAGACCAACAUGUUUGGUAUUAAGUAAGAAAAGACCUCUUGCAGGAAGGCUGGCUAGAGAUUUCUUGUAAAAACACUAGCCCCUGUCAGUUCAUAAGGAAAAUAUUUAAAUCUUUUUGGUUUUGGUUUGAUUCCAUGGAUUAUUUCCCUUAAUAUUAUAUUAUGCGCAGAAGGGAGGAGCCGUAUGAGAUGGAAAUCUCACGUACGGUUCUGGAACGGAGAUUCUUGGAAUGAACGACCGUAACGGAUGUCAGCUCAAUCUGAAGGAAAUUAUGCGGAAGCUUUACAGAAUUAUUAUGAAGCUAUGCGACCAGAAAUUGAUCCCUACGAUCGAAGUUAUAUACUCUAUAAUAUAGGCCUUAUACACACAAGUAACGGAGAACAUACGAAGGCUUUGGAAUAUUAUUUCCGAGCACUAGAACGAAAUCCAUUCUUACCACAAGCUUCUAAUAAUAUGGCCGUGAUCUGCCAUUACGUGCGACUAUCUCUACUAUAGAAAUAGAAAGAAGGAAAGAAAGAUCAAAUCCGCUAGUAUUAAAACCUCCUAUUGCUAGUACUAGGAAAUCUAAGGAGAAACAAAAAAAAUAGGCUUUCUACAUAUCCAUUGUCCAAAGGGGAACGAUUUUUAGAAGCUGUAGCAAAAAAACAGACUUCAUAGAAGCCGAUAUAUGAAGAACUAAGUAUAGCCCUUAUACUAGAUUCUAUGGAUAAAGGAUCUAAUUGAUAAAAGAAGCACCGUAAAGAUCAAUUAUUGAGGUUUUUGGCCGAUACAAUAAGACCUGCUUACUUAUGUAUGUCAUAAUAUGACAUAAAAGUUAGGAAUCAACUUAUGUAAUAGGGUUGAUCCACUAAGGUAUUGAGCAGCGGUGUAGUAUCAGAUCCCAAGGAGAGUAAGUCCUUUUUUCUUAUCGAAGAAAGUCUUUUUCAAAGAUUCUAUAUGAAUUUCUAGACGAAACCGAGAUAGUUAACUUUCAGAAAACUCUAAUGAUAGAGGGAGAUAUCUAUGCUUCAUUCUUCUGAGAGUGGGAGAAGAGAUAAAACUGAUUAUUGAUCCAAAUCGGAGUUUGAAACUCAUGUAAUUAACUUAACCUCUUCAGGUUAUUUGAUUUGGCUAAUCCAAGAAGGGAUAGAUCUCCGAUAAAUCUCAUUCAGCUAGAUACGGUAGAUUAAGAAAGAUGUAACGCCAAAAAAGAGUUGACUGCUGAGCCGUAUGAGGCAGGAAACUCUCAAGUACGGUUCUAAGGGAAGGAAUUGACCUACCUAUUCCGACCGGGGAGAAGAGGCCAUUCGACAGGGAGAUUCAGAAAUUGCGGAGGCUUGGUUCGAUCAAGCUGCUGAGUAUUGGAAACAAGCCAUAGCGCUUACUCCAGGUAAUUAUAUUGAAGCACAGAAUUGGUUGAAGAUCACAGGGCGGUUCGAAUAAGAACACUUUCUUUUUGAAUUGAAUUCACUUAAAUUGUUUGUUGGAUCCAUCAAAUAGAUUGUUGCCCCGGGGGAAUCGAUAGAGGAAUUUCAUUAUAUCCCUUCUAAGAUCGUUCUUUUUAUUUCAUUUGGUACCUUAUAGGGGUAGACGAUAUAUGCAUAUGGCACAGAAUCUCUUCCUUUCUCUUAGCGAUUGCUAACUAAUCAAAAAGACGUCUAAAAUCGAUAUCGGGAUAUUUCUUAUCUUAGUCAUUAGUAAUGACUAAUGAGAGAUCUUGUGAUUUGUAAUGGCGUAAUACGUUGCAUGUAACGUAGUAUACAAGUAGACCCAUCUAGGCACUCAUACAUCGAAAUAUGAGUAGACUAGGUUGGGCCAAAAAGUUGUUUUUGGCUCGCGUCGGGAAGGGAUUUACAAAAAAACGGUCCGUUGAGCACCUCAUAGAUAUGUCAUAAUAGAUCCGAACACUUGCCCCGGAUAGACUUCCAUAUCAUAAUUGCUCAUAAUUGCUCUAGUGAAUAACUAAGGAAAAUUGUGGGGGAUAGAAAGGAACUAAUCAGAAAUAUAUAUUUCUCAGAGGUUCACUAAUUACUUUACUUUUUGUUGGCGGGUCUCUUCGUAUGUGUUGUCCGGAAAGAGGAGGACUCAAUGAUUAUUCGUUCGCCGGAACCAGAAGUGAAGAUUUUGGUGGAUAGGGAUCCCAUAAAAACUUCAUUCGAGGAAUGGGCCAGACCCGGCCAUUUCUCAAGGACAAUAGCUAAGGGCCCUGAUACUACCACUUGGAUCUGGAACCUACAUGCUGAUGCUCACGAUUUCGAUAGCCAUACCAAUGAUUUGGAGGAGAUCUCCCGAAAAGUAUUUAGUGCUCAUUUCGGUCAACUAUCCAUCAUCUUUCUUUGGUUGAGUGGCAUGUAUUUCCAUGGAGCCCGUUUUUCCAAUUAUGAAGCGUGGCUGAGCGACCCUACUCACAUCGGACCCAGUGCCCAGGUGGUUUGGCCGAUAGUGGGUCAAGAAAUAUUGAAUGGCGAUGUAGGCGGAGGUUUCCGAGGAAUACAAAUAACCUCUGGAUUUUUUCAGAUUUGGCGAGCGUCGGGAAUAACUAGUGAAUUACAACUUUAUUGUACUGCAAUUGGAGCAUUGAUCUUUGCAGCGUUAAUGCUUUUUGCCGGUUGGUUCCAUUAUCACAAAGCUGCUCCAAAAUUGGCUUGGUUCCAAGAUGUAGAAUCCAUGUUGAACCACCACUUAGCAGGGUUACUAGGACUUGGGUCUCUUUCUUGGGCAGGGCAUCAAGUACAUGUAUCUUUACCUAUUAACCAAUUUCUGAACGCUGGGGUGGAUCCUAAGGAAAUACCACUUCCUCAUGAAUUUAUCUUGAAUCGGGAUCUUUUGGCUCAACUUUAUCCCAGUUUUGCAGAGGGAGCAACCCCGUUUUUCACCCUGAAUUGGUCAAAAUACGCGGAAUUUCUUACUUUUCGUGGAGGGUUAGAUCCAGUAACAGGAGGUCUAUGGCUAACCGAUAUUGCACACCAUCAUUUGGCUAUUGCAAUUCUUUUCCUGAUAGCUGGUCACAUGUAUAAGACCAACUGGGGCAUUGGUCAUGACCUGAAAGAUAUUUUAGAGGCUCAUAAGGGUCCGUUUACAGGUGAGGGUCAUAAGGGCCUCUAUGAGAUCCUAACAACGUCAUGGCAUGCUCAAUUAGCUCUGAAUUUAGCUAUGUUAGGUUCUUUAACCAUUGUAGUAGCCCACCAUAUGUACUCUAUGCCCCCUUAUCCAUACCUAGCUACUGAUUAUGGUACACAACUUUCGUUGUUCACGCAUCACAUGUGGAUCGGUGGAUUUCUCAUAGUUGGUGCUGCUGCACAUGCAGCAAUUUUUAUGGUAAGAGACUAUGAUCCAACUACUCGAUACAACGAUCUAUUAGAUCGUGUCCUUAGGCACCGAGAUGCAAUCAUAUCACAUCUUAACUGGGUGUGUAUAUUUCUAGGCUUUCACAGUUUUGGCUUGUAUAUUCAUAAUGAUACUAUGAGCGCUUUGGGGCGUCCCCAAGAUAUGUUUUCAGAUACCGCUAUACAAUUACAACCUAUCUUUGCUCAAUGGAUACAAAACACUCAUGCUUUAGCACCUAGCGCAACAGCUCCUGGUGCAACAGCGGGCACCAGCUUGACUUGGGGGGGUGGUGAUUUAGUAGCAGUAGGCGGCAAAGUAGCUUUGUUACCUAUUCCACUGGGAACCGCAGAUUUUUUGGUACAUCACAUUCAUGCAUUUACGAUCCAUGUAACUGUAUUGAUACUACUGAAAGGUGUUCUAUUUGCCCGCAGUUCUCGUUUGAUACCUGAUAAAGCAAAUCUUGGUUUUCGUUUCCCUUGUGACGGACCCGGAAGAGGGGGAACAUGCCAAGUCUCCGCCUGGGAUCAUGUCUUCCUAGGUCUAUUCUGGAUGUACAAUGCGAUUUCGGUAGUAAUUUUCCAUUUCAGCUGGAAGAUGCAGUCAGAUGUUUGGGGUAGUAUAAGUGAUCAAGGGGUGGUAACUCAUAUCACGGGGGGAAACUUUGCACAGAGUUCCAUUACAAUUAAUGGGUGGCUAAGAGAUUUUUUAUGGGCACAGUCCUCCCAAGUAAUCCAGUCUUAUGGCUCUUCAUUAUCCGCCUAUGGUCUUUUCUUCUUAGGUGCUCAUUUUGUCUGGGCCUUCAGUUUAAUGUUUCUAUUUAGCGGUCGUGGUUAUUGGCAAGAACUCAUUGAAUCCAUCGUCUGGGCUCAUAACAAAUUAAAAGUUGCUCCUGCUACUCAGCCUAGAGCCUUGAGCAUUAUACAAGGACGCGCUGUAGGAGUAACCCAUUACCUUCUGGGUGGAAUUGCCACAACAUGGGCAUUCUUCUUAGCAAGAAUUAUUUCAGUAGGAUAA